AAGGCAGCCAGCCGUUCGUGUUCCAAGUUGACAGUGUUGAACAAAAUUAUUCACUGAAUCGUUAUUAUUUUUGGAAAAUCAUUCUAGUAGAAAUAAUUUAGGAAUCAAGUGCAUACCCAUGAAAUGGACUGUUUUUUUGCAAAGCAUAAAAAUCCGAAGGCAAGUUGAAUAAUAAGGGAAUGAGUGUCACUAGUAAGUGGAGGAGCUUAGAACGCUUCGUCUAUGGCAGAUCCAGCUAACACACUCGCUGCCGCCAGCACUAGCCGCCGCAAGCGUGUGCUGCCGACGCAGCCGCGUGCAGAGGCCAAGCGUCUUCGAACCUCCUCUCAGGAAGACAGCAGUCCCGAUAAAAAAUCCCAGCAUAAUUCGUCCAGGAAUUCGCACAAAAACAAAAGUGGAAAAUCUGGACAAUCCCAAGAGAAGAAAUCCGAUACGUCUAAACCUUCAACACACCAACGAUCAAGAUCCCAAGAAGUUCCAUCAACAUCCUCAACAAGUAACAAAGACAGGAACUCUCAAAUACCAAAUUCUAAGUCGAAGAAACACUCCAAAUCUGACCGUGACCAAGCAGCUGUGCCAGAAUUUGAACAGAAAACAAAAAGAAAUUCUAGACAUAGUUUAGACCUUAAUAACCAUAAACAAGACCCCGUAGACAUUUAUUUUAGACUUAACAACUCAGAACCCUCUGGCUCGAGUAACCUUUCAGUUGAAUCGAGGAGAAGUAGUAGAAAAAACAGAAAAAGAAGCAACUCUAAAGAUACCAGAGAAGACGAAAAAAAUUCGAAGGUUGGCAAAAGUAACAGUUUGAACAAUAUAAAAAUCGAAACAAACCAGACAGAAAAGACAGAGAGAAGUCAUAGGAGUCACAGAAAGAGAAGCAGCUCGGGUUUCAAUUCGAAAAACAAUCAUCUCUCUAACGAGGACGACAAUCCGGAAGCAAGUACAUCGAGCUCCAGUUCAGCAUUUUCACAAGUACACAAAUACCCUCUGAGGAGCCACAGUAGAACAUCGGUAGGUCACAGUGCCGCACCUUCGACUGGGCCUAGCGUGAGUGUGCAUCUGUCCAGAAAGUCUUUACCAGAACGCGGUAAAAGGGAACUUUUAGCCCUGGGGGCGAGCAGUAGCCAGCCUACUACCAGGGACGCCCAAGAGCCCUCCCGCCUCACUCGAAGUGGAGCAGUGCUGAGACGAAGCACUCGCAGCAGCAAAGGGCACAGCUCAACAACGGGUUCGUGUGCGAGCUCAAGCGGCGCUAGUGGCAGCGGCAGCAGCUCGAGACGAGCAGCGAGGCAGCAAAAAGUCGGGUCGGCAGCUCCGGCGCUCCUCUCGGCCCCUGCCACUCACGCUGCCGCAGCCAUGUCCGCCGAUCAGCCCGAGGUGCCCAACAACGGACUCUCCGCUAACGAUGAACCAUCGUCCCCCCAAGAAGCCGCCCAAGCCGUUGCUCCGAGCGGAGGCGGUUCCGCCCCGGCCAUAGAUUCCGAAAGCGAUGACAGCGAGGUUGGGAGAUUACAGGCGCUGCUCGAAGCGAGGGGGUUGCCGCCUCAUCUGUUCAGCGCCCUUGGACCGAGAAUGCAGCAAAUGCUCCACAGAAGCAUGGGCACGAAUAAUUCUGUAGCUAAAGCCCAAGCUCUUAUCCCUGGUCUGCAAGCCAUCGGCGAUGAAGGACAACAGCUACAAGCCGUAAUUGAGAUGUGCCAAAUAUUGGUCAUGGGAAAUGAAGAGAUAUUGACAGGAUUUCCAGUAAAACAAGUUGUACCGCCCCUUACAACCUUGUUGGGAAUGGAGCACAAUUUUGAUAUUAUGAAUCAUGCCUGCCGAGCCUUAACGUACAUGAUGGAAGCCUUGCCCAGAUCUUCUGCUGUGGUGGUUGAUGCAGUUCCUGUCUUUUUGGAAAAAUUGCAAGUGAUUCAGUGCAUGGAUGUGGCUGAACAAUCAUUGACUGCCCUAGAUAUGUUGUCCAGGAGGCAUUCGAAAGCAAUUCUUUUGGCUAGCGUCUGCUUAGCUUUCUCGCGUCUUGUCGACAGCUUCCAUCAGGAUCCGGCAAAACUUCAAGAGAUCGCCAGCACUGAACUCCUUACGAACUUGCAACAGCUGCUGGUAGUGACUCCGCCGAUCGUUAGUACAGGCACCUUUAUUACGGUUCUCAGAAUGCUGUCGGUCAUGUGCGCCAACUGUCCCGAUUUGGCUCUGACCUUGUUGAAACAGAAUAUCGCUGAAACUUUGGUUUAUUUGCUGACUGGGUCCGCGGAGAUCAAUCAAGAUGAUGUCGAACUAAUACCGAGACAACCCCAAGAACAAUUCGAAAUAACAGCACUUAUUGGAGAAUUGAUGCCGAAACUACCGACCGAAGGCAUCUUUGCCGUUGACAGUCUAUUGGAACGCCCAUCCAGCUUAGCAAAGGAUCAGCCCAUUUGGCAAUGGAGAGAAGAUCGUGGCCUUUGGCACACAUACAGUGCUGUAGAUAGUAGAAUAAUAGAAGCUGCACACAUGAAUGGUGACGAUGAAGUUAGUCUCAAUAGUUUGGGAAAGAUAUACACGAUAGAUUUUCAUUCAAUGCAACAAAUCAAUGAAGACACAGGUACUUCCAGGCCUGUGCAAAGACGUUUCACACCAACUAGUGUGCAAUCUAGCCCCGUCGAACCUUCUCAAGCUCCCCAAAGAACUUUAUCUGCUAGCCGAGAUGCUCGCGUAGCAUGUUUGAGAGAAGAACGAGGUUUGGCAGCUGCUUUUAUCAGAUCACUAUUUUCUGUAUUGUAUGAAGUGUAUUCUUCAAGUGCUGGGCCAGCUGUAAGGUUUAAAUGCCUUCGUGCGCUACUCAGGAUGGUUUACUAUGCUAAUUCAGAAUUGUUGAGGGAUGUAUUGAAGAAUCAGGUGGUGAGCAGCCACAUAGCAGGUAUGAUGGCUUCUAGCGAUCUGCGAAUUGUAGUUGGGGCUCUGCAAAUGGCCGAAAUAUUAAUGACUAAACUGCCGGACGAAUUUGGAGUUCAUUUCAGGAGAGAAGGAGUGUUGCAUCAAAUAAAUAGACUAGCUGAUCCAGAGGUACCUUUAGGAGUGAGUCCCCCCAAAUCGAGCUGCAGCUCCACAUCAUUUUCAGUCGUUGCUAACGAAUCUCAACCUAGCACCUCUCAGUCGACUAGCAGCACUAUCGUGCACACAGCCAAUGGUUCGGCGGCUCUCUUAGGAAGCACCCCCGUCUCCUCAACGAUGAGCACGUUGACUCCUGAAGCUCAACGCUUGCAGGAAUCUGAUCCGAGGUCGCAGAGCCCUUCGCACGUCAAGUUCAGCGAUGUACUGAAAAGGAAGAGAGUCGCAAAACGAACGUCCGGUUCAAGCAGAUCAAAAACUAGGCAAGAGGAUAUGCCGUUAUCGCCAUCUCUUAUGCAGGAUUUGUUUACAAAAGCAACUUCUAUUGGAAAUUCUACUCCAAGCAAUUCUGCAAGACAACGCUUCUCAGGUUCAAGCUCUAAAUCUAGUUUUCUUCAAAGUUUGAAUCCCGCCAGAUGGGGAAGAAGUAUGAACACGUCACAUGAUAGAAAUUACAGUAAAGACUCCUUAAAUAAUUUAUCUAAAUCUUCAUCCAAUUCACUUCUUACAGCAGGAAAUCGGGAGAAAACCAGAACGUGGAUAAGAGAACAGGCAUCUAAAUUCAUAGAAUCGUACUCAAGUUCAGAAGAUGACUCCCACUCAGUCACAAACGUCAUAUCCCGCCUCAAAGUAGCUAUCGACAAACUUCCUACUACCAAAUGCGGAGAAGCUCUACUGGAACUAAGAGAAAUACUUAUGGAAUCGGAUAUAUCUCCGUUUGAAGUCAACUAUUCCGGUCUCAUCACGGCUCUUCUUUCCUACCUAGCCGACGAAGAUGGACCCUAUGAAAGAGAUCAAAGACUUAGGAUAAUGCUGAACGUGUUUGCAGGUUGUCCCUUCGAUGAAAAUGUUACAAGUAUACCUGAGCUCAAUCCUACAUGGAUGAGCGCUUUAGUUAAUAAAUUAAAUGGGUGCGUAUCGCAGCUGGAACAGUUCCCAGUCAAAGUUCACGACUUUCCGGCUAGUUCAGGUUCUGGUCGAGGUGGUACUAGCGCACUGAAAUUCUUCAAUACACAUCAGUUAAAGUGCAAUCUUCAGAGGCAUCCCGAGUGCACAAAUCUAAAACAGUGGAAGGGUGGUACAGUCAAGAUCGACCCUCUAGCCCUCGUACAAGCAAUAGAGCGUUACUUAGUAGUUAGAGGAUAUGGUAGACUUAGGGACAAUAAUAGUGCUGAUAGUGAUGAUGGUGAUUCGGACACUGACAUAGAAGAAUCUUUAGCUGGAGUUGUGAUAUCGCAAACAGGUACCAAGCACAAGUUGCAAUUUCUCAUUGGCAACAAUGUGCUGCCUUACAAUAUGACCGUUUAUCAGGCUGUGAGACAAUUUAGCAACAACGGGAACGAUCAAAGUGAGACUGACACAGAUAACGAAACUCCAUUAGGUCAUGCAGGAAUUUGGGUCCAAACACAUGUAAUUUCCUACAGGCCAAUGAAAGAAGAAUCGACAGCUAAGAGUAGUAGUGGAACUUCGUCGAGUCAUUCAAGUAGAAAAGGAAAAGGGUCUUCCGGUAAAAGUACUUCUAGGCGUAAAGGAGAUGAAUUAUGGAAUGAAGGAAUUACUCCACCUCCGCAAUCUCCUCUAACUCCCUUCCUGAUGACCAAACUCCCCGAAACAGUUACCAUAAAAGAUGCUUCUCUAGAAGUAUUGUGCCUUCUAAGAAUCUUAAACUCCCUAAACGUAUACUGGAGCCAUUUGUACCCCGCCAUAGAAUACCAACCCAUUUUACCUCCUUCAGAUUUCCUUAACAGUAAAAUAGCCGCCAAGGCAAGCAGACAGCUUCAAGAUCCUCUAGUCAUCAUGACAGGCAAUCUUCCGAAUUGGUUGCAGCAGAUCGCUAUGUCGUGUCCUUUCCUGUUCCCGUUCGAGACUCGCCAACUUCUUUUCUAUGCUACAUCAUUUGACAGAGAUCGUGCCUUACAGAGGUUGCUCGACAUGUCUCCAGAACUGGGCUCGAGUGAUUCUCAAGAACGUGUUACACCAAGACUGGAUCGAAGGAAACGUACCAUAUCACGAGAAGAGAUACUAAAGCAGGCAGAGCAGGUGAUGCAGGACAUGGCAUCCUCGAAAGCUCUAUUGGAAGUGCAAUAUGAAAACGAAGUCGGUACCGGUCUCGGACCGACUUUGGAGUUUUACGCUUUGGUAUCUAAAGAAAUGCAACGGUCGAAUCUAGAGUUGUGGAAUGCACAUAACACCAGCGAUAACGAGUUUGUACAUAGUCCUACCGGUUUGUUCCCGAUUCCUUUGUCAAGAGGAGCAAAAGUGGGCCAGCUCACCAAGGUCAAGAGCAAGUUUAGAUUUUUGGGGAAGUUCAUGGCUAAAGCUGUGAUGGAUUCGAGAAUGUUGGAUCUCCCAUUCUCAUUGACGUUCUACCGCUGGCUGUUAGGGCAGGAACAUUGCUUAACACUGGCAGAUCUCAAAUACGUCAGUCCGGAAAUCUACAAGACUCUUCGAAAGAUGCAAUUAUUGGUAAAGCAACGAGAUGAAAUUCUUGUGGAUCCUGACAUGAGCGAUGAAGAUAAAAACGCCGAGGUGGAAAAAUUGGAAUUUGAUGGAUGCCCUAUUGAGGACCUUGGCCUAGAUUUUAUUAUUCCCGGCCAUAACAUCGAUCUCAUGAAGAAUGGAAGAUCAACACACCUGACAAUCCACAAUUUACAUUUGUAUGUUAAACUUAUGUCCCACUGGAUUUUACAUGAAGGGGUUUCUCGACAAAUGGAAUCUCUGCGAGAAGGUAAGUUUUUUCAUUUUAUAUUCUGUUUCCAUCUUUUUCAUAAUUUUGGAGGUUAUUCCUAUGGUUCAAUAUUUGAAAUUUUUGUUGUUUCAGGUUUCAAAUCACUGUCUCCCCCUCUUACUGUCGUGAGAAAGACAUUAGAGGCAAAUAUGAACCCCGACGACUACCUUCCAUCUGUGAUGACUUGUGUCAACUACCUCAAACUACCAGAAUAUUCCAGCAUUGAAGUGAUGAGAGAGAAAUUGCGAAUAGCAGCCUCUGAGGGACAACACUCAUUCUAUUUAUCGUAAAUAAGAGAACUUUGGUUGAACUGACAUUCGAUAGAAUGUCAAGAUUGACUAGUAAGAAAAAUAAUCCACGAUCGAAUCAUCUGAUAUUGUAAUUUACAUAUUGCACCCCCACCUACUGGGUUGAGGUGUCUUACAUUUAAUUAUAUUGCUGUAUAAUUUAUUUUUUGAAGAUUCCAAAGGUUUUUCUCAAAUUGUGUUUUAGUUUUUGUUUUGGUAGGUAAAUGGGGCGAUUUUGACGAGUACUCUUUUGUUUACUUCAAGGAGUGAAUUUUUUUCAAAGGCCUUCGACUGAUACGUGCAAUGGACACAAGUGUAUAGUGAUAAGGUAUCGCAACGAACAAUUAGGUUGAAUUGCUAACUUUUGCAUUAUUGCCAAAUGUAUAGUUUUGCUGUGUCUGUGAAUUAGGCACAGUUAUUAUAUUUAAAUAACAAAGUGUAGUUUUAAUUUAAAAAAUUAUGUUUCAAUAAAUUUGUACACAUGA